AUGGCGGACGAAAAUUUGACACAAUUGCUUUCAAAAUUGAGAGUUCAAUCGACUAGUGAUGAGCUUGUUAAGGUGCAAGAGACAUGUUUGCAAUUGUUGAACGAUACAGCGAAUAGCAAGGACCAUGGAGCUAUUCUGAAGGCCUAUCUGGUAGCUUCAAUCAAACAGGAUAAGUAUGCGCAAGGUUUAAGAGUUCUUUUGGAUAAGAAGGAAAUUGACGACCAAUAUGGUGAACAGUUCGCUUUGGAAAAGCUUUACAUCUUCUACAAAUUAAAUGAGACGAAGAGAUUCGAUGAUCUUUACAGAAAGAUUGUUCCUGAACCUGUGGAUUCUUUGAAAAAAAAGUCUGAGGAAGAAACAACGCCAUUUAGGGGAAUACUCCACGUCAGAGCUCAGUUCUGUUAUAACAAUGCACAAUAUGAGGAGGCUUUCAAGAUUUACCAUUACUUAGCAACGCAUAACGAGAAAAGAACCGACAAUGAUAUCGAACUAGCAUGUAAUGAAAGAGUUCCUCUUACGGUGGAACCUUACUUGCAGGAAAAUGCCACUCUAUCGUCCGUCAGUGAUGAAUCGUACGAUCUCUUGUUUAAUGACUCUAUGAUUUCAUCUGCAAAAGGUCAGUACAACAAAGCAGUCGAUAUCUUGAAGAGAGCCCGUGAAAUGGCAGCCAGUGAUGGUUACGAAAGUGAUUUGAAUGCAAUUGAGUUGCAACUCUCCUAUGUAUACCAACUAAUGGGUAAAACCAAAGAUAGCCAGGAGCUAUUGAACAAGUUGAUUGAGAAAUUAGACAAGGGUUCUCCACUUGCUCUACUGGCAAAUAUGAACAAGAAAGCAUUUUGCGAUUACUCCAAGUACAAAACAAACUUGAAUCUUGUGCUGAGGGAAGUUAAUGCCGAAGCAAUGAACGGUUAUAACUUAAAGCACUACACACAGUCACAAUGGACCACAAUUAACCGUAACUUAUUAUUCCUGCACUUGUUCAAUAAUGAUAGCAUACAAUCCAAGAGCACUCCGCUUUCCCGAACAUUGCACAAAUAUAAAGAAACAGUUGGUGAAGUAAAUCUUGAGAGUUACAAGUCUCAAGCCAAGAAGCUCUAUCACAGGGCAAUGAAGAUGAUUGCAGAGGAGCCAUCUACUGGACAAUGGCGUCGGGACUCGAAUAAAAGUUUACUCGGUUUCUUACUUCUCACAUUACAAUUGCAAGUGAUUGAAAAACAGUGGGAUGAAGCACUUUCGCUUUGUUACUCUGCCCUAAAUGGACGCAACUUCCCAGAGGUGGACAGAGCAUAUGCAUGCAAUAUCCUAUACUGCAUUAUCAUUGACAUUAGAAGGCGCAGUGGUCGGGAUGAAAAGUUCUUUAUAAGUCGCUAUGAAAAGAAUAAUCCGCCAUCAGAGGGAUCAUUUGUCAAGGACAUAGCAUUUUGGAAGCACGUUGGCAUGUAUUACAUGGGCAAAGAACCUUUUAGUGCCAGAAAGCUAUUCGAGGAAAUUUCUAAGGAAACUGAUGACGAUUUCAUCAAAAAAUACAAAUCUGAGGAUACCAACGACGUUGAUGUACAAGCGGCUGCCAAAUAUACCCAAGGUAUUGACGUGGCUGAGCUUCUUUCAGAUGGUGUCACACCAUUUAAAUUGAAGAAAGCCACUAAUGUUAUAUCCGUUUCAAAAGUCACCAAGAAGCAAAAGGUCAAGAAUGAUUUGAAGAAGCAGAAACAGAAGGAACAAAGGCUAAAGAGGUUUUUGGAGCACUGCGAUACCAGUAAAGGCCCGGAUCCAGAGAGAUGGCUACCAAAGAAGGAUAGAUCCACAUAUAGACCCAAGAAGAAGCAAGUCGCUAAGCAGACUCAAGGUGGUAAUAUGAGUAAGAAAGCGGAACAGGCUCUAGACAUAUCUAAGAAUGUUAAAGUGUCUAAAAAAUCCAAGGGCAAGAGAAAAUGA